CAGCUUGGCUGAGUCUUGAUACGCGGCUGACAUGACGAGCCUCACUGCAGCUAGACAGGCUCGUCAUGUCAGGCGCGUAUCAGGAUUCCGCUGUGCCAACAAGCACAAAACCUGCACAAACUCGACUCUGCAUGAAUGAGACAGCCUACGAGCAUUAACCUUACAGAUGCCUGCACUGUGAGUAUGUUUUUAUUAUAUCUUAUAUUGUACCCUUUAUUUCUCGCACUCGGCUUUGCAAACGGACAAUGGGCCUCUGCAUCGCCGAGGGCAUGUACUGAUACAUGAUGUUUCCUUCUCUUUUCCUCUACUUCUACUAUCUACAGAUCCUCGAGGGACUAACCUUUCCCUUCCCGACCCCGUCUCUGUCCUCGUCCACGCCUACGCUCCCGCUCACCGCCGCCUCUUUCCCCUGCGCCGCCACAAUGUCGGCUGCGGAGGCGGUUUAAACCUGAGACAGCGGGGAUCGCGGUGGGGGCUUUGCCUGGCUUCUUCGCGACGAUGGUGCGAUCGCGCAGCUCGACCUCGCCCUGCCGGAUCUUCUUGACAAUCUCGAGGCCGUGCGCGUCCGCGACGUAGCGCUGCUUCGCGGGCGAGGUGGUUAGGUUAUAAGAGGUGGUAGGCGGAUUCUAACCUAGUAGUAUUACCGACACUUUUGAGUCCACCGAUAUCCGAAACUACUGUGUUGCCAAUUAAAUGCAACCAUAAAUACAAAAAAAUAAUUUCUGUGCUCUU